AACCGAAAUGGGUUUGGACCGUUUGGUACAAACAACAGACAUUCUACGAAGUGGACCCUAGUUUUGUUCUUACAUUGUACUUCCCCCAAUUUUCACUUUCUCCUCUCUUUUAUCUGUCACAUAGAAACUCUUCAACUGCGGCAAACUCUACUGAUUUUUCUCUCUUUUCUAUGAGAAAAUCCCAAACCUUUUUGAAACAGAGAUGAGGAACUAUAAGUUCAGAUUUUCAGCUAUGAUCCCAAGUGAAUGGUUCCACAAGCUCAAGAACAUGACCAAACCAAGAAAAAAGCACCCUCCUCCUGAUUUGUUAAACACUACCAAGAAGAAAAAACAGUUCUCUGAGUUUAACUCUUUUCCUCACUCUUCAAACUCUUAUCACUCCAAUAAAUCCCACACUUCCUUAGAAUCUAAGAGCCUUCAGAUAUCACCAAGAAACUCUCUUCACAUGAUACAGAGCAAACGAAAGACUGUUUACAAGCCAUCACCUCCUUCCUCUUCUUCUUCUUCUGUAUCUGCAGGUUUUAACAAGAAGAAGAUCAAAUUUAUUCCGAAACAAGAUUCUUCCUCUGCCUCUUCCAACUUGAAACUCAGUUCUUCUGCUGAUGAUAUCAUCAUCGACACGAAGAACAGAGAUUUCAAGAAGAAAAUGUUCAAAGAGAUCAAGGUGAUUGAUUCAACGGAUGAAGCCUGCAGUGCAAGUAAAAGAUCGCGUAAAACCCAUCAUCUAUCUGUGAAGGUUAACAAUAAAGAGAAAGAAAAAGAAGAAGAUGCUUGUAGAAUCCAGAAGAAACAUCAGAAAUCAUUAGUUUCUAGUGGAAGAAGAUCAUCAGCAAACUCUCCAAGGAUAAAACUCAGAGUGACUUCUCCUAAAAUUCAUGUAUCAGCGCGUAGAAGCAAAUCGAGAUUGCAGAGCAAACAAGUUCUUGACAGUUUUGCAGUAAUCAAGAGUUCUGUUGAUCCCAAUAAGGAUUUCAGAGAAUCAAUGGUUGAGAUGAUUGAAGAGAAUGACAUCAGAGAUUCACAAGACAUGGAGGAUCUUCUAGCAUGUUACCUUUCAUUGAAUCCUAAGGAGUAUCAUGAUCUUAUCUUCAAGGUGUUCGUUCAAGUCUGGCUUGAAGUCAUAAAAUCUAAAUUUUCAUCUUAAGUAGAAACGUAUGUAAUAAUUGUUAAUUCUCUGUUAAAAAUAGUAGAACUUUUUGAUAUAAUUGUCAAUUGUGUGGAGAUUAUCUGUGCAAGACAAGUUUUGUUUUUCUUUGUUUUUUGCUGGAUAAUAAAGUAAAUAAGAUAG